AUGGAGUGCUACAAGUUGGUGAUCUUCUUUUUAGCACUUGGGGCUUGGGUAUUUGCCGUUGAAGGACGAGUUAUCGAUAGCGAUGGUCCCGGACACGAUGCCAUCUUCCUCGAGCAACGUAAUAAGGACACGAAAUGUAUCAGAAAUUCUGUGACGAAACCAAACUGCGCUAAUACUACCGCCGACCAGUAUUUGAUACCGCAUCCCGACGACUGCCACUUGUACUACUAUUGUGUGGGUGAUCUGCCAGUCUGCAUGGAGUGCCCGGACGGUCUCCAGUUCAACCCAUCCAAACAUGUGUGCGAUUAUUCAGAAGAUGCUGGGUGUGAUCGUCCCAUUCCUGCUCUAGAGGCCCCAUGA